AUGCAGGACCACAGAAGAAAGUGGAAUGUUGAUGAGUAUAAACGUUUGGCUCGAGAAAGAACACAAAAUAAAGAGAAAGAAAGAGCAGAGAAAGCUCCAGUUAAACUAGAGUUAGUAAAGCUUAGAGAUUAUAAAGUGGACUUGGAUUCAAAAUUGGGAAUGUCACUUGUCGUCACGAAAACAACAUCUCUCUCUCAAAUCGGAGGGCACUACUGCUGUGUCUGUGAGUGCAACGUCAAAGGCAUCAUGAGCUUUUUGGACCACAUCAGCGGAAGGAAACAUCAAAAAAAUCUCGGCAUGUCGAUGAAACUGGAGCGAUCAACUUUGGAUCAAGUGAAAAAACGAUUUGAAACAAACAAAAGGAAGCGCGAAGAGGAAGAGAAGCAAUACUGUUUUGAGGAAAGAGUAAAAAAGUUGAAGGAAGAUGAAGAAAUAUGGAAAGUUCAUAAAUAG